AUGAUGUAUGUCAUCUUACUGUCAUAAUUAUACAUGUAUGACCAUGUUAUGUCAUCCAGGAAAAAGUGGCGAGAGUAUCGAUUGAGUCUGAGUGGCUUGUUCCCAGCGUGUUACGAAAAUAUGGGCGAAGCGGGAAGUCAGCUGAUUAUGAUAAACAAUAACAUGCUUCUGACGUGGUGUUCACUACUUAGUUUGACUUCGAUACUUUCGUUGAGUGGUAACCUAAAUAUAAUUAGUAUAACAUAAACAAUGGUGUAUUCUAAAGGAUUGCGACUUAUCUUAUUGUUCACGAAACACACUAAAAUCAUGGAGAUAGAAAAGCGUUAUCUCGUGUCCCAAAACUUGUUAUCAAUGGUCGUCCUCGUCUUAAGACGACUUUUACACAUGGAGGACCGGACAGUGCAGUCGGCUGACAUAGACGAUGGUAUUCCGGCGGGGACUCGGCGCCUGGGCUUCGAAAUGUGCCGCGAUUUAAUCGGUGGUGUGUGGGCGGACAUCGCUGAAGACGAGUUUCACAUCAAGCCACUGAGUGGCGGUCUGACCAAUUAUCUGUACGUUUGUUCCUUGCCACCGGAUGUGCCGGUACCGGAAAACCAGCCACAGGCGGUGCUACUGCGCGUUUACGGGAACAUCGCCACCUCAAGCAACUUUGUCGUGCAGAAUUCCGUCAUCUUUGCACUCAUGUCCGAAAAAGGUUUGGGCCCUAAACUGUACGGCAUGAAUCCCAAGGCGCGCAUUGAAGAGCUGGUACCGGCUGAGUGUUUGCGCACGGCUGACCUUGCACAGCCGAACAUCUCACGCCAAAUUGCCCGGAAGUUGGCCCUCUUCCACUCGCUGGACAUGCCGCUCUGUAAGGAACCACGCUUUCUUAACGAUACAAUGGACUCAUGGAUGCAGCAAGUAAACGGAAUUCUAAAAAAGAAGCAUUCUCGGAGCCAAGAAUCAUUCAUGCAGAAAUUCAGAAACUACAAUCUGGUAGACGAGCUUAAGGCGUUAAAAUCAAUACUUGCAGCUGUGACAUCCCCAGUUGUGUUCUCACAUAACGACCUACAGGAGGGGAACGUUCUGUACACGGAGGAGUCGAAGACCAUGACAGUCAUUGACUGGGAAUACUGCAGUUAUAACUACAGGGGGUACGACUUUGGUAACCACUUUCUUGAGUGGUGUUACGACUACCACGUGACCGAGCCCCCGUAUUAUAGCGCCAAACUGGAAAACUACCCUUCCAGGCAACAGCAGACGGAGUUUUUUCGUGCCUAUUUGUCAGAGAGCGGUGUGGAGGUGACGGAGAGCAUGCUAGAUGGGAUGUACCUGGAGGCGAACACAUAUGCCCUCGCCUCACACUUCUUAUGGGGACUCUGGGCCAUACUGCAGAACGAAAUGUCUUCCAUACAGUUUGGCUUUAUGGAGUAUGGAGUGAGCAGAUUCGAGGGUUAUUUUACAAUGAAAGAGCGGCUUUCUACUAUCGGUGCGGAUAUAAACUAAGCCAUGGACUAACAGGAUAUGUCUUUCAGUACACUGCCUGUGAUCUCGACUGUAUUGGACCAAGAUAUUUCAAUAUAUUUACAUAAAUUAAACUAUGAUUCACCAGUGUCUAAGAAAUCCUUUAUGUACCGCUUACAAUAAGGUUUAUUAAUAUUUAUAGUUUGUUUUUAUUAUGAGUGUAUGCACUGGGGAAAUGUGUUAUAUAUAAGCCAGGUGUGUAUAAAAAGAAUGAUCUGACUUCACGUUGUACUUGUUGUAAAUAAACUAAGCAUUAGAAGUGUUUGAAGCAUUUAAUGAUCGUGGCUUUAAGUCUGCCUUAUCCAUCGGAGUGGUUUUUAUAUAUACAUAUAUAGCCUGUUGAUUGACUUCCUACAUCAAAGAAACCGACUGCAGCCAUCAGCUUUUUUGUCAUAUGAUAUACUUUUGACGUAAUAUACUUUUGACGUAUCACCCGGAACUGACCACUGAAGAGCCAGGCCACCCUGGAAAGCAUCCACACAUUUACAGUUUGCACGGGUUUCACUUCGAUAGACCAAUGAAAUCCUGGCCCAGUCCAACUGGUGAAGCGGAUAUACAAAUUGACCAUCUCUUCAGUGCAAAUUAGCAUUUUGAUUGUGCUUUGUUUAACUAAUUGACGAACAUGUUUUGCUAAGUUUAUUUCCAAACAUUGAACAAUGAUUUUUUUUAAAUAUACGGUUCGACAAAAUUAAAUAGCAUAAAGAUAUGUACAUUUUGCAGUAUUUUUAAUCAUAAAUGUUCUUACUAUUUGUGUGAUUCAAGAGUUAAUAAUUUAUUUGGGGAAAAAAAGGAAAGGAAGAAAAAAUUAUACGCCCUGUCUGAGUUUUAACAGCCGUCCUUUAUACAGAAAGAAGUGAAAUAGUUCAUCAAGACAGGCAGUAUUAUAUAUCUGUUGAAUUAUGCUCAGUAUUAUGAUCAGAAUAAAUUUAUUCAUGCAUAUGUGAUUCAUCUUAGUAUUAUAAUUGUGUUAAUAUUAUACAAGUGUUUGAGAAAAAGGUAUAGAUCAUAAUCUAUUUGGAAUAUUUACAUGGAAAUCAGAAGUAUUUUGUCUGUAUUUUAAUUAAGUUUGAGUGAACAUAUCCCUAUGAAGGUGAACUCUGGGCUUGUGUCAAUUGUUCCAUAAAUGCCAUGCCUUCUUGUGUUCAACUAUGAUGCCUUCAGUCAGCAGUGUUUAUGCUUCAUGUUGUGUUAAUACAUUUUACAAAGGUUAGAAUACAUAAACUAUUAUUGGAAGUAACAACUAAGCUCGUUUACUGAAGCGCCCCCCCCCCCCCCCAAAUGAAUUAAUUAGCAUUCUGUAGUUUUAACAUGCUCAUACUCUAUUCACUGUCCUCUGUAGAUAUUUUAAAUCAAUACUUUUAUCCCAUGACUAAAUCAUAUAUUUUAUAACUGUUUUCUAUUAUAAAUCAUUGUUUUAGCGUUGUUUCAUCUUUUAAAAACUUUUCUUUUUGCUAAUGUGAUAAUUUUGAGCAACAUGUUAUAAAUGUAAAUAAAACAAAAAGAACCCUGA